CAGCCACUGCUCACUUCGUCCUCUCCACCACAACUCUAUCCCCACCCCGUCUAGUAUACACUGUUGAAGGCAAACCAGAUCUGGAGGCGGACGGGUGAAGACGGCGACCGGUUCAUCUGCGUCAGCAGCCAAACAGCUAGAGAUUAGUGAGCAUGGAACCACCGGAUCCACCACGAAAAGGGGAUCUGCCAUGUGGACAAUGUGGUGGUGACGGACAGAACAAAAAGCCACCAUCCAGUGGCAAAAUGGAAGGAUCCAUCGAUGGCGACGCUACUGGUGCCGACGGCACUCCACUCGGCGCCGCCAAUGCAUCGGACACGGCUGCCGAAGAACCGGAGAUGGUCAGCCGUGCUGGCCGGAAAAGGAUGCGGGGCCUGGUCAAUGACAACACGACAGUAGGGGCGGACAUGCGCAGAUGUCGGCGUAGGCGUACGCUCGUACUUGUGCCCGGAGAUCCAGCCGCUGGUGGGGAAGUGAUUCCAGUUGUGCCGCCAGUCCUUUCUGCAGAAACUCACUUGCUUCGUGGUAGGGUAGUUAAAUGUACCUGGAGCUGCCAUCAGAUCCAGCGCAUAGGUAUGAGGUACUACGCAGAAGUUCAUAAGACUGGCAUGGCGAGCUUGUUAACCACUGCAUUUGAUGGUGAGGCUGACAGGAGGUUCUACGCCUGGCUACUUAGUAGAUUUAGGUGGGAAGACAUGAGCUUCACUUUCCCUGACGGCCAGAUUAGAUAUUUCACCCCCGGAUCCAUCGUUAGAACUUUGGGUCUGAGAAACAGCGGCCGUAAAGUGAGUUUGGUUAAAAUAAAAGCAAAAGAGAGACAGAAUUUAGCUCUCAGAAUCAGGACAAUCCUUGGAAUAGAGACACGGAGCCAUGCCAGGGAUGGGGGGUUGACUAUUAGUGCAGUUGCUGAUGCUAUAAGUAGUAUGAUGAGGACUGGUGUUUACCCACAUCAAAUCAGGGCUUUCGAGAUAGCGUUCUUGCUGUUAGCCGGUGGUACAUAUGUUGGCCCCAGACAGUCGUACACGUCGAUCAAUUGGGAGCUGCUAGCUUGUGUCCUAUGCAAUCAUGGGACUGGCGAGUACGACCUAGCCGACUGGGUAUUUGAGAUCAUCAGAGCAGCUGUGAAAAAAAUACAUAAAGAUCUGGCAGCUGGGCCAUGGUUCUUCGACUGGAUGGACUUUGGACCAGAUAGUGCAGAGCCAUACACUCUCCCCCGGAUCAGCGUUUACACCGGGUAGGUGUUCAGGAGGCUAAUCUACCUUACAAGAGAGUACCCAACUAUAUUCCCUACAAGGCCUUCUGAUGCAUUCGGCCAGGAUAACAAUGUCUGGCAUGCUGUGGUUGGGGGUCCUGGAGGAAUCCUGUGACAUCCGGUGCAAUUGGAGGCGCUGCGAGCAGCACGGCAGGUAGAUGACUGCAGCAGCAGAGCACCCCGCUACGAGCAGCGCAUCGAUAUGGGUGGAGAAAUGCAAGCACCAGAAUGGCAAACCGAAAGCUCAGUAGUAAGGGCUACAGCGAAACAAGCUGAUGCCAAAGGAAAAGGGAUAGCAGAAGAAAGUUCAGAUCCAUCAAACAGCGAUAGCGAUGAUGAAACGAUGGACCCUAGUGUUCGGCUUGGCAUUAAUUUGAUGAGGGCUGACAGGAGAGGGGGACCCAACCUAGCACAGAACGCGCCCACCGGCAUUACGAUUGGAGAUGAUCUAAGCCGAGCCCGCAUUACAGGACCACGUAGCAUCAACCGACACAGGCAACGCCUACAGCCUAGGAUCAGCAAUGGUGGUGAAACUGUGUCAAACAUGGCCCGAUUCUCUACUCAGACGUCAUGCAGAGCUGCAAUGCUUCGUAGCAGGGGGGACUACCUCAGAGCCGAGCUACAAGAACUCGAGGAUAAAGCUAAAGCAGAACUUGAAUACGGGGCAAUUCAUGGAAUUCUACCAUCUCGUAGAGGAUCAUCGUCUGCCGCAUUUGACAUGAAUGCUGAGGGAGAGUCUGAACGAGAAAGGAGGGAGCGCGUGCGGAGCUUAUCUGCCGCUGCACUAGCUGUGGUAGAACAAGCAAUUGGCAAUCCAGAACUUUUUGAAGGCAUCUUUGAGCAGGCUCGGGUGAUGCUAUCAGACCUAGGAGUGGAAGGGUACAACGAAGAUCAUGGAAUGGGAGUUGACGCAAAUGGGAACAACACGCCACAGAGAGAUGAUGAUGAUCGCAUAAACUGGGAAGAGCUGGAACAUAGCAGCCAGGAACACCGUCAGCAGAUCAGUAGUCAGGGUGUGGGGGCAUUGAUUGUCACUGACAGCAACCUGGGAGCACUUGUGAAAGCAAGUGAGCAGGCAGUGACGAGUCGGAGUCCGUUUUAUGAGAAAUUUAACAACAUAGAUGGAAGGAAUCUACUGCCCUUGUUUGACGAGGAUGAUGUAGACGACGAGUUGUCAUAUGUUCCACCGGGGGUGCCUACUGAAUACAUAAUCGAUGAAGAUGAAUCAACGGACUUGGAUGAAGAGUUCCUUGCCGUGGCGUCACAAGUGCCGAUCGACUACAUGGAAGAAGAUGAGCAAAGGGAGGAUGGAUCAAAUUUGGUGGGGUUAUAUAAUUUAACUGAUUUACUAGCUUCAUUGAACACAUGCAUCCGGUGGAUUGCGUGGAUCGAAGCCGUGUUGGUAGUUGGAAGCGGAAGGGAAGGAGAUGAGUUGGACGAAGACCCACCAUUGAACGGCCUCAUCUUGCUAGGCUGGCAUGGCGUUGAUGACAAUUCAGGUGGUGAACGCGACGGAAAUGAGAACCGUUCCCUUGAGCAACGGAGGGCACGUGCACGUGCCUUUGAUAUUGCUGCAACCUGUCGUCCUGGUCUUUCCUUUCAUCGUGAAAACGGAGAUACGGAUGACGGUGAACCUCGUAGAAGCGGAUUGCGCACUGUGGGUGAUGGUUCGGCAUCCACAUUACAGCAAGCUGCCCUCAUGUACCUUCACAGCUGUAGCGGUGCCAACGAGGGUGGAAGAAGGACUACAGGUGGACAUAGGAGUAAUGCGUGCCAGCUGACCUCCUCGGAUGUAAUUGCAGCGCCUCCUACAACUCCCAGAGACGUUGCCCAUACAGAGCAGCCAGAACCAGAUCGAGCACAUGUGUUGGAUGUCCAAACAAACUGCCAUCCUGGUCCUUCUUUCCGUCGGGAUGAUGGAGAUGGCGGUGACGGCCAGGGGAGAGCAAAAGGUUUCGAAACACGAAGUGAUGUUCGGCUGACGCAGUUCCAACAAGUUGUCCUGGAAUAUCUGCGGAAGUGCGGCAUCAAACACACGGUUAGUAACAGGGGGAAGAUACUGAAUCCAUCACAUAUCGAUGGACACAAAACUGGGCAUAUCACUGACAGGAAGGAUUGGGGUGAUAAAUACCCUCCCUCAAUUGGGUUGAACCACUCAGAGCCCAGCGAUGAAUGCAUUUUCAAAUUCAACUCUAAUUUGCUUGCAUGCGAGGGACCGAUACUGAAUAGGAAAUGGGUUAAGCAUUACGAUCCAAUACUGGCAGUUGCAUCUGGGCAAGAUAUGAAAGAUGAAUUGACGCCAGGUGGUGAGGUAACAAUGAACAUGUGGAGGUGUGUUCAACGCAUGCUACGCGAGAAAGAUAAUGGCAUAUACCGCGGGUGGCUGGAUAGAUUCAGAGGGCUGUUCGACCCCAAAUUUGUUGAUGAGGUCUGCAGGGAUGAUGGAGAAACUGACUGGGAUUACAUCGAGGAUAUGAUGAAUUCAGAAAAGGCUGGGUACAGGAUUGACUGGCUGAAAAAGUUCUGGUUCCCAGUCGAUUUUAUGGACUGCUGGUCAAUGUACCUGCUGGAUAAGGAUGAAAAAACGGUGAUGGUCCUGGACCCAACGGAGACAGAUGAAAUGGAUGAGAUGAAAAUCAAACAUAAGGCCGUGCAAAAAAGUUCCAGCGCAGGUUCUGUUGUCUGUUCAACAAUUUCUUCGGCAACGGCUUGAUUGAAACUAAAGGAUGGACAUUGAAGUAUCCACUAGUGGCACAACAUGCGCCUUGCAGCAGGGAGGAAAGUGGGAUCUACAUCGCACACUACUACACUGAAUUCACCGGCCUGUACCUCCGUUCAUCACUGAACCAGGGGCAGAUAGACCGUCUACGGGCGAAGCUAGCUUACGAGAUUGUGACAAUGAAAGGGAACAAAGGGGACAUCCCAGAGUUCGUGUACGACGUGAUCAUAGAUUGAGGAGCGGCAAAGCAUUUGUGUGACUAUGGAAGAGCGAACGCAGUCUGAGAAGACCUUUUGGAUGUGAACGUGGUAGAACUAAUUUCGCAACGAGUGCGCCACCGUAUCAUUUUGGUUCGAAUAUAAUCUAAUGGACUGGAAAAACCUAGCAUGAUUUGAGUGAUCUAUAGGUGUAGUUAGCAACGAAAGGUAUGUAAAACCUAAGUACGGAUUAAGACCUAAGUGGAACGAAUGUCAUGUAUGAAUGAACUGAGUAGCUUGAUGCA